AUGGUCCUGCUCCAGGCAGUCCAGCAAAAAAAACGAGUCUUCUACCGGAUCGUAGACCUGUUCAUCACUGGCCGUUCUUGGAGUGGGCCACAUCAAGUAAGCACUGGCUUGCUAACUUCACUUCUUGUUGUAACCAUGAAGAUCUCAGUUAAAACGCUUGUUGGCAAAGAGCUUGCCCUAGAUGUGGAACCAUCCGAAAAGGUCCAUGUUAUCAAGGAGCGAAUUGAGGAGAAGGAGGGCAUUCCCCCAGAGCAGCAGCGCCUGAUUCACAACGGCAAACAAAUUGACGACAAUUUGCCUAUUUCUCAAUACAAUUUCACCGAGGGCACUAAACUGCACCUGGCUCUCUCUUUACGCGGCGGGUACUAGCUGCUUUUAGGGAGAAGCAUAACCCCAGAGGUUGCUCUAGCGUGCCACUGUAUUUUGGGUCUUAUAUUGCCUCCUAUAGCCGGAGUUCUGUAUAUAAAGACAGCGACCUUGAUUCUCAUAGACCUGUUC